UCGCAUAGAUUGAAAGCUCUUGCAGUAAAUUACUCCACUGUCUGGACAAGCUAUAUUGAAAGUCUGGCCGAGUCAGUAGUGUUAGUGUUUUUAUUCAAAGAGAAAUUCAACCAAAUAGAAGAUUGAUGUCAUUUGGUGGAACGCAAAACGGCGGUCGCCGUAGUAAAUGGGACCAGCCGGGCCCAGGUCCUGGUUCAGACCAGAUGGGGGAGGCGGAGGCGGCUCCUACAGGGGCUCUGGACGCUGCAGCUGCUGUGGCAGCUAAGAUCAACGCCAUGCUGGUAGCCAAGGGCAAGCUCAAGCCCUCCCAGAUAGGACCGUCUGGACCAUUUGGACCCCCAGACAAGGUUGUGGGUGUAGGGAAGCCCCAGCCUCCUAUGAAAGCGAAGGAUGACCUGGUGGUGGCGGAGGUGGAGAUCAARGACGUUCCUCUCCCCUGCCGGAACCUGRUGACCCGCGGACAGACACAGGACGAGAUCAGCAAAGUGAGCGGUGCUGCUGUGUCCACCAGGGGMCGAUACAUGGCAGCAGUGGAGAAGUACAAGGCUCCACAAGGGGACCGACCCCUCUAUCUCCACGUCCAGGGCCAGACCAGGGAGCUUGUCGACAGAGCUGUGAACCGCAUCAAGGAGAUCAUCACUAACGGAGUGGUGAAGGCGGCCACCUCCUACAGCGGAACCGGAGCCACAGUCCCAGUCUACCAGCAACACAAAUCCCAGCCCCCCAUCAACCACCAUCACAGACCACACUUCCAGUCUGGMAUGCACUAUGUGCAGGAAAAGUUGUUUGUGGGUCUGGAGCAUGCCACUCAGGGCUUCUCAGUGAAGGAGAGGGUGGAAGGGCCAGGCAGCUCCUACCUGCAGCACAUCCAGGGAGAGGGCCUUGAACUCAUGUACAUCUACAUCAGUCAUCCACAACCAGAGGGCCUUGCUGCAGCUAAGACCCUGUGUUCAUGCAGAGCUUUAUGCAUCCCCAUGGCCAACGGGAUGCCUCCCGCCCCUUAUGACCACCACGCCUUACUCCCCAGCGGGUACCAGCCCAGCUACCCUCCUGUACCUCCCCCUCAGCCCAUUCCUCCCCUACGCUGUCCCCCUCCAUUCCCCUGGGGUGCCUGCCGGUCUUCCCCCUCCCAACCGGUACGCCCUCCCCCUGCACCUGUCAGUUUACCACAGACUCUCCCACCUUCUCCUUUCCCACCCGCUGCUCCAGUUCCGCCCAAAGCUCCGCCUCCCGUAGUCUUAGCCAAUCCGCCUCAGAAAAGACGCUUCACGGAGGAGGUGCCAGACGAGAGGGACAGCGGUCUGCUGGGAUACCAGCAUGGACCCAUUCAUAUGACUAAUUUAGGUGCAGGCUUCCCUGUGGGCAGCCCCGGCCCAGAGGCUUCAGGACCCCCGCCACCGAGUUCCUCCGGGCCGCCGAGGGAGAGGGACAGCAGUAGGCAGCUGAUGCCUCCACCACCCAUUCCAAUGAACGGAGGCAUGACACCCAAGAUGGAGGAGAGGAGGCCGCUGCAAGGCCCCCUGGAUCCCUCAGUGAAGAGGAUGAAGACGGGGCUCGUGGCGUACYCUGGUGACUCCUCGGACGAAGAGGAGGACCACUCCACCCCCAAAACCUUGGGGGCAGGUAACCAUGGUAACGUCGCUGGGGCAACCCACUCCACCCCCACAUCAUCCUUGGGCUGGACUCUGGGGUACCGCUGCCCCCCUCCUCCCCAGCGUGCCAAAACACAGCAGGCACAGUCACAGCAGCCCAUGCCRUUCUGGAUGGCCCCAUAACACAGGAGUAUUAAACCUCAUACUCCCUCCCCUGACUCCUAGGGCCUUUUGGAGGGUUCCAUAAUGAUGUUUUACACCCCAAACUGAGCCCCAGUCCCCCCURUUCCCCUUUCCCCUGAACCAUCACUCCUACCUYCUCCUCRACUUGAUAMAAUUUAUUUUGUGARGACUUAGWUUUCGUUAAAACAGUUUUGCCAUGCGCUCAGCAGUAAAGCAGASUCUGUAAAAUGGACUAAKCAGACCGGCUGGCUGAUACAAAGAGAACAGACUCAACCAGCCAACCAGGCYCAACCAGGAYACUGACGGACUGGAUACAUGGUGACAAGCAGCAAGAUGCCCCAGACUUCCACACAGAUUCAAGUGUACUCUGAACUCUGUAUAGGAGAGACAGCUGAGGAACAGACACUAAUGGAGGGUAAUAGUGGCCUGUUUCUGGUUGAUUUGGAAUGUCCAGUCCUGGUUUUACUAGUGUAGGAAAGCACUGAGGUAGAAGAGAUUUCAAUGCAUUCUAAAUGAUUUCUUUGUUAAAAAAUAUAUUUCCCCCAUCCCCAUUUUCUUUUUUUGGUCCAAAUCUUAAUCAAAUCUCCCUCUUCCUUCAUUGAGUACAGAUCAUACAAACAUGCUCGUUGGACUUUUAGAAAAUGCAAUUGACUCAACUGUUCUAAUGCUUUUGUGGAAUAAAUUAGCAUUAUCUCUGUG